AUGAGCGACAGCGGCUAGCAGAACUACGGCGAGCGGGAAUCCCGUUCUGCUUCCAGAAGUGGAAGUGCUCAUGGAUCUGGGAAAUCUGCAAGGCAUACCCCUGUAAGGUCUCGCUCCAAGGAAGAUUCCAGGCGUUCCAGAUCAAAGUCCAGGUCCAGAUCUGAAUCUAGGUCUAGAUCUAGAAGAAGUUCUCAAAGGCAUUAUACAAGGUCACGAUCUCGGUCCCGCUCCCAUAGAAGAUCCCGUAGCAGAUCUUACAGUAGAGAUUAUCGAAGACGGCAUAGCCACAGUCAUUCUCCCAUGUCUACUCACAGGUGUCAUGUUGGGAAUCGGGCAAAUCCUGAUCCCAACUGUUGUCUUGGAGUAUUUGGAUUGAGCUUAUACACUACAGAAAGAGAUCUAAGAGAAGUGUUCUCUAAAUAUGGCCCAAUUGCUGAUGUGUCUAUUGUAUAUGACCAGCAGUCUAGACGUUCAAGAGGAUUUGCCUUUGUAUAUUUUGAAAAUGUAGAUGAUGCCAAGGAAGCGAAAGAGCGUGCCAAUGGAAUGGAGCUUGAUGGACGUAGGAUCAGAGUUGAUUUCUCUAUAACAAAGAGACCACAUACCCCAACACCAGGAAUUUACAUGGGGAGACCUACCUAUGGCAGCUCAUGCCAUCGAGAUUACUACGACAGGGGAUAUGAUCGAGGCUACGAUGAUCGGGACUAUUACAGCAGGUCAUACAGAGGAGGAGGUGGAAGAGGAGGAGGAUGGAGAGCUGCUCAAGACAGGGAUCAGAUAUACAGAAGAUGGUCACCUUCUCCCUACUAUAGUCGUGGAGGAUACAGAUCACGUUCCAGAUCUCGAUCAUACUCACCUCGUCGCUAUUAAAGCAUGAAGUUGAAGACUUUCUGACACCUGCCCUAGAGUUGGGAUAUUGUUUGUGGACAAUAUUUUUUAUUGUCUCCUGUUUAAAAAGUGAACAGUGCCUAGUGAAGUUAGGAGACUUUUACACCUUUUAUG